AUGAGUAAAACUAUUCUUACACAACAUAUUCAUCCAGCUGUAUUGAAACACGAAUAUAAUCCACAUAAUGUAUGGGAUUUUGAUAAACAAUGGCAAACAAAAUUCUGUUCAUGUCAACCAACGGGUCGAUGCAUUUUUGCAUGUUUUUGUUCAUGUUGUAUGGGGAACAAAUUAGCGAAAUAUAUGGGUGAAAAAGGUAUUAUUGGUUGUUUUCCAUGCUCAUUACCUUAUCUCCGAACAAAGCUACGAACAGCACGACGCAUUGAGGGUUCUUGUUGUGAAGAUUAUUGGGCAUCAAAUUGUUGUAUGGCAUGUACAGCAACGCAACUAGCAAAUGAACUUGAAACACAAGGCUUAUGGGAUGUUUCCAAGACGAACAAGAGUAAACAUGUUCGAAUUGAUCAUUCAAAUCAAUAUAACGAUUAA